UCACAGCCUGGUGAUCUCAAUAGAACUCGCUGCUGACACCUCUCUCUUUCCUUUCCAGGUGUAUGCGAGAAUGGUAGAGAGCCCGUAAGACCAUGCUCUACACCAUGACAUGUUGGCUCCCGGUCCUGGUCCUCCACCUGGUCCUCCUGAGCCCACUGCAGGUGGCAGCCUGCCCUGCCCGCUGCGAGUGUGCCCCGCAGCUCAGAUCGGUGGUGUGUCACCGCAAGCGGCUCACUGCCAUCCCCGAGGGCAUCCCCACAGAGACCAAGAUCCUGGAGCUCAACAAGAACCGCAUCCGCUGCCUGAACCCGGGGGACCUCUCCCCGUACCCCUUGCUGGAGGAGCUGGACUUCAGCGAGAACAUCAUCACCAAUGUGGAGCCAGGAGCCUUCAGCAACCUGUUCAACCUGCAGACUCUGCGGCUGCGGGGAAACCAGCUCAAGCUCAUCCCCCCGGGGGUCUUCACCAAGCUGACCAACCUCACCCUCUUGGACAUCAGUGAGAACAAACUCGUCAUCCUUCUGGACUACAUGUUCCAGGACCUGCGGAACCUGAAGAGCCUGGAGGUGGGCGAUAAUGACCUGGUGUACAUCUCCCAGCGCGCCUUCUCAGGGCUGCUCGGCCUGGAGCAACUGACCAUUGAGAAGUGCAAUCUGACCUCCAUCUCGGCUGAGUCACUCUCCUACCUCCAGAACCUCGAGGUGCUGCGGCUCCGGCACCUCAGCAUCUCUGCGCUGGAGGAGCAGAACUUCAAGAAGCUCUACAACCUCCUGCAGCUGGAGAUCGACAACUGGCCGCUGCUGGAGGACAUCUCCCCCACCAGCUUCCAGGGCCUGAACCUCACCUCACUCUCCAUCACCUACACCAACAUCACAGUCGUGCCCACCGCUGCCUUGAGGAACCUGGUGUACCUCCGCUACCUGAACCUGUCCUACAACCCCAUUAGCACUGUGCUGAAGGGCUCCUUUAAAGACCUCAUCCGGCUCCAGGAGCUGCAUAUCGUGGGCGCUCUCUUGGUGUCCGUAGAGCCGCAGGCCUUCUCUGGUCUGAGACAAAUCCGUCUGCUCAACCUCUCCAGCAACUUUCUCUCCACGCUGGAGGAGAGCACCUUCCACUCCGUGAACACGCUGGAGACGCUGCGGGUGGACAGGAAUCCCUUGGCCUGCGACUGCCGCCUCCUCUGGAUCCUACAGCGACGGAAGACGCUCAACUUUGACGGCCAGCAGCCCAUGUGCUCCACACCGCCCGAAAUCCAGGGGAACGCUCUGCGUGACUUCCCCGACUCCGUGCUCUUCGAGUAUUUCACCUGCCAGAAGCCCAAGAUCAGGGAUCGGAAGCUGCAGCACGUGACGGCCCGCGAAGGGCAGUCCGUGUCCUUCCUGUGCCGGGCGGACGGGGAGCCAGAGCCCUCCAUCGUCUGGGUGUCCCCUCAGCACCGCAUGAUCACCACGCGCAGCACGGGGCGAGCAGUCGUACUGCCGGGGGGCACCCUGGAGAUCCGCUUUGCCCAAGUGCAGGACAGCGGGACCUACAUCUGCAUUGCCAGCAACGCAGGGGGCAACGACACCUAUUUUGCCACUCUGACGGUCAAGGGACACCCAAACGAUGGCUCCUCCAACGCCAACCGGACUUUGUACCUCAGUGAGUUCAAUGACACCUACCAUAACGACACGCAGGUCUUCUUGAAGUUCACGCUUGAUCUCAAGACCAUCCUGGUGUCCACAGCCAUGGGCUGCAUCACCUUCCUCGGCGUGGUUCUCUUCUGCUUCCUGCUCCUCUUUGUUUGGAGCCGGGGCCGAGGGCAGCACAAGAACAAUUUCUCGGUGGAGUAUUCCUUCCGGAAGGUGGAUGGACCCACCACCACCACGGGCCAAGGAGGAGCCAGGAAGUUCAACAUGAAGAUGAUCUGAGCCUCUCCAAAGGAGAACCGUUGGCUGCGGCCCGGCCCCGGGCGCAGCUGUGGCACAAUGGGGCCAGGGGGCACAGGGGCAUCAGUGAUGUCCUGGGGCAUCAACAGGGCCAGCAGCACGGUCAGGGACCGAGGGCUGUUGGACUGGAUGAUCUUGGAGGUCUUUUCCGACCUUAAUGAUUCUGUGAUUGGAUGACCCAGCUGGCCCCAGCCCCGCAGUGACCCCACAAGUGGCCCAGGGGCCAUCCCAGCUCCUGAUGUAGCUGUUUUUGCUACCAACUAUGCAUUUCUCAAUGAGAUCA